AUGACACGCCAUAAAGACAUCCAAACCGCCAUCGUCGGCGCUGGCUUAAUCGGCCCCAGGCAUGCAUCUGCCAUCCAGAACGUACCUGGUGCGAAUGUACUUUGCAUCAUCGACCCCAACCCUGCCACCAAGAAAGUAGCGGAUGAGUUCAACGCCCUGUACUUCCCCUCUAUCGCCGCUUUCAAGCAAUCCGACUACAAGGCGGACGCCGCCCUGGUUUGCACGCCAAACCACACGCAUAUCCCCGUCGCAAACGAGCUGCUGGACCUGAAGAUCCCGCUGCUGGUGGAAAAGCCAUUCUGCGUCGAGAUCCCACCCGCACAAGCUCUGGUCAAGCGUGCCGAAGGCCAACAGACUCCCAUCCUCGUAGGCCACCACCGCCGCUUCAACCCCUACGUCACCACGGCCCGUAACGUGCUCGACUCUGGUAAAAUCGGCAAAGUGGUAGCCAUCCAGGGCUCCUGGACCACUCUCAAGCCACCAAAGUACUUCGACCCCCCAGCAGAGUGGCGAAGAACCAAGGGCUCCGGCGGGCCGAUUCGCAUCAACUUUGUCCACGAGGUGGACAUGCUGCGGUUCCUCUUCGGGAACAUUGUUCGUGUGGCUGCGGAGGGUGGACCCGUCACCCGCGAAAGCCACGGCGUGGAAGAAAGCUGUGCGAUCCUCCUUCGCUUCCAAUCCGGCGUCGUGGGCACAUUCGUCCUAUCCGACGCAGUGGCAAGCGGACACAACUUCGAGUCCGGCACUGGCGAGAACCCCAUGGUUCCCAUGUCCGGAUCAGAGUUCUUGCGGGUGUAUGGGACGCGAGGGACGCUCAGUGUGCCCAGCGCAUCGGUGGUGAGGUUCUCUGAGCCGCCAGCGGGCAAGGAGACAGGCUGGGAGUGUCCGAUGCAGUACGAGAAGCCGGAGACGCUACCGGGCGUCGAUGCUGUCCCGUUUGAGGAGCAGAUUAAGCACUUCAUUCGGGUUGUCCAUGGUGAAGAACAGCCCAGUUGCACCGCCGCUGAUGGGCUGGCGGCUGUGAGAGUAUGCGAAGCUGUUAGUCUGGCUAUGGAAAGGGGUUCCUGGGUUGACGUAGCCUAG